AUGGAAUUCGUUCACCUGCUCGCUUUAAUGUUGGUUUUAGCUUGGAACUCAGAUGUUGUCUUAACCAGAAACGCAGUUCAUCCAGUACGGCAUGAUUUGGCAUUUGUUCACACGUUUGAUACAAAAGAGAUGUGCAUGUCAAGAUGCCGCAUCGGUUGCACUCAACAACAUUCAGAAGACCUAAUGAUGCCACGCUGGCACUGCCCUCUGCAGGAAGAAGACGAGAACGAUGUGGAAGAAGAGGAGAAGACGUCGCUCGGAGGAAAAAUGCUCAUCAUUGUCCCUUGCGUCAUAUUUGGUUCCCUUCUGUUUUUGUUCUUCUGUGUGUCGGCGAUGCAACGAUUCUGUCGAAACGACUACUAA